GAUCUUAGCUCAUUUGCAAUGCCAUUCCUGGAUGGAGAUUUGGACAGUUCAGAGAAACAUGCAUCACGGAAGGUGGAAGACUGCUAUAGCACGGGUAGCCCGUCCAAAGGACUCUUCUCAAAGGGGCUCCAGAACCGCCCUUCCAGCCCUGCCUCGGCCCCUGUCAAAUCCAAGCACAGCCCGGGCUCUCCCAAAACUGUGUUCCCUUUCCCCUACCAGGAGUCACCUCCACGCACCCCCCGCCGGAUGAGCUUCAGUGGGAUCUUCCGGUCGUCCUCCAAAGACUCUUCCUCCCCCUCCUCCAGCUCAUCUACCUCUCCUGGUGGCAUCAAGUUCUUCACCAGGUCGAGAAAAACUUCUGGCCUCUCGUCUUCUCCGUCGACCCCAACCCAAGUGACCAAGCAGCCGACGUUUCCUCUUGAGUCCUAUAAGCAUGAACCCGAGAGGCUAGAAGCCCGACUUCACUCGUCCUCGUCUCCCCCGGAUACUGGCCAAAGGUUCAGCCUGCCCCCAGGACAGAGCGUGGCCAAGCCUCCCACCCCCGCCCCCUGUGCUACCUCAAAAGCAGUAAGUACGGACGCUCCUCAGCCCCCGGCCGCCUCCGAAGGGAUGCUGGAGAAACUGGAGCUCGAGGAUGAAGCUGUUGGUGAAUCGGAAAGUGACAUCUACAUGCGAUUCAUGAGGUCACAUAAGUGUUAUGACAUUGUUCCAACAAGCUCAAAGCUUGUCGUUUUUGACACUACAUUGCAGGUAAAGAAGGCUUUCUUUGCCCUGGUGGCAAAUGGUGUUCGAGCGGCUCCACUGUGGGAGAGUAAAAAACAAAGUUUCGUAGGAAUGUUAACUAUUACAGAUUUCAUUAAUAUACUGCAUAGAUACUAUAAGUCUCCAAUGGUACAAAUCUAUGAAUUAGAGGAGCACAAGAUUGAAACGUGGAGGGAGCUUUAUUUGCAAGAAACCUUUAAGCCUUUAGUGAAUAUUUCACCGGAUGCAAGCCUUUUUGAUGCUGUGUAUUCACUGAUCAAAAACAAAAUCCACAGAUUGCCAGUUAUUGACCCUGUGAGUGGAAAUGCACUUUAUAUACUUACCCAUAAAAGAAUCCUCAAGUUCCUCCAGCUUUUUGUGUCAGAAAUGCCAAAGCCCGCCUUUAUGAAGAAAAAUCUGGAUGAGCUUGGGAUCGGAACUUACCACAACAUCGCCUUUAUACACCCAGACACUCCUAUCAUUAAAGCCUUGAAUAUAUUUGUAGAUAGAAGGAUAUCGGCUCUACCUGUGGUGGAUGAGUCAGGAAAAGUUGUAGAUAUUUAUUCCAAAUUUGAUGUAAUAAAUCUUGCUGCUGAAAAAACAUAUAAUAACUUAGAUAUCACAGUGACAAAAGCUCUUCAACACCGCUCUCAGUAUUUUGAAGGUGUUGUGAAGUGCAGUAAGCUGGAAACACUGGAGACCAUUGUGGACCGGAUAGUGAAAGCUGAGGUUCAUCGAUUGGUGGUAGUAAAUGAAGCAGAUAGUAUUGUUGGUAUCAUCUCCCUCUCUGACAUCCUACAAGCAUUAGUGCUUACGCCAGCAGGUGCCAACCAAAAGGAAAAUGACACUGAAUGAUUGCUGUUGAACACAGAAACGUUUGUUGAGGAUCUUGAAUAAAGUUACUGGGUCAUAUUUGCCUCAAGAAUGCUGAUGGGCGGUAGAGAAGAGCAAAACGGUGAUGAGAAUGUGUGUCUUGGGACUGAGUGAUGGGUAACUAGUCUAUUAUUCCCCAGUGAUUGUUGCAGAACAAGCCGCAUGACAAAAAAAGCUUACGUAUUUAAAAAAAGGCUUGCAUUUCAAAAUGUUUGCUGAAAGACUUCACACGAUGUCCUUCAUCUAAAAUGCACUGUAUCCUGAAACAAUACCAUUGUUUGUAUUUGGUAGACGUCACUGGUCAGCAACAGAUCUCUGACAUAAGGCAAGUGAAUGGCAUAUUCAUAUCAUAGUGCCUUAUGUCAAAAAGCCAACGAUAUGUCAUCACAGUUGCCCAUCACGAAGAGGAAGUAUUGUGCUGAACAAGACACUGAAUUUGAACGUUCAAGUCGCUAAACCUAAAACCAAAUCAGUUUCAGUUAUCAUUAGAUUUGUCAUAAAACUGUAAUUUGAGUAUCAGUAGAUUACUUUACAACUUUAAUGACAACGUGUGUGUUUUCAAAUGUUGCAUUCUGAACUGAGAUGGUUAAAGAAGACUGAUCUAAAACCAGCUUUAUUUAUUUUUAUUUUCUUGCAAUUUUUUACACAUCUUUUUGGUGGAUGGCUAAAACUUCACCAUAUCCAUUAAUAAAACAUUGAUUGUUAUAUAAGAA